AAUUACCCAAGACAGUCGUGUUUCUGUUCGUUGCCGUUUGUUUCAAAUAUCAAUAUCAUGGAAGAAGAAAUUGAAUCUACAGUUGAUGAGGAGAAAGUACCAGUAAAGUAUAUUUUUGUUGGGGCAGCAUUGGCAAUAUGUGGAAAUUUGCUUAUCAGCAUUUCUAUGAAUUUACAGAAAUACUCGCACAAUCAGUUGUCAGUAAGUGAUGAUGCUGAUGGUAAAGGUUACCUAAAGAGCAAAGUAUGGUGGUUUGGUAUUGCUCUGAUGGUAUUUGGUGAGAUUGGUAAUUUUUCUGCGUAUGGCUUCGCUCCAGCCUCUUUGGUUGCUCCACUUGGAACUACUACUGUGAUAGCGAACGCCAUAAUUGCUGUCGUUUUCCUGGGUGAAAAAAUUAGAGCUCAAGAUCUUUUCGGUAUUUCCAUGGCUGUUGUGGGUGCAUUUUUGUUGGUGACAUUCUCAUCCAAGGAAGGAAAUGAACCAACGGCGAGGCAACUUAUGUCGUAUUUAAGGCAGUGGCAAUUUAUUCUGUAUUUAAUCCUUGAAGUUUCGUUGUUUUGUGCUUUACUGUACUUUCAACAUCGUUAUCGUCUAGAAAAUGUGUUUAUAUAUCUCUUGUUGGUUGCUCUAUUAGGUUCUGUUACAGUUAUAUGUGCAAAAGGUGUUUCCUCCAUGAUUAAUCUUACCUUUGCUGGAAUGAAUCAAAUGGAUCAUGGUUUACCUUACAUCAUGUUUAUAUUAAUGGUAGUCACUGCUGUAGCACAAGUUAGGUUUCUAAACGUAGCGAUGAAACAUCAUGAUGCUACAGUUGUUGUUCCUACAAACUUUGUUUUUUUCACCAUUAGUGCAAUUCUUUCUGGUAUUUUCUUUUACAGAGAAUUUUAUGGAAUAUCCUUUCUAGUUUUGUUUAUGUUCCUCUUUGGGUGUUUUUUAUCAUUUGUUGGUGUGUAUUCUAUCACAAGUCACAGACAGGUUGACGAAGCGGCUAAAACAAAUCAAAGUCAAGGUGAUAUAAUGGCAGGAUUUUUGUCGACAUCGACAUCCAAACUAUUCAGAGUACAGCCUGUUUCACCCACCUCGUCCAGUGCUCAGGAAGUCAAAUCCUCAAGUGAAACAAUGCCGUUGAAAGAAAAAUGAUUCCGGAUCCUGAAUGAUUGGAAAAAUUGAAUUUUUCUCUGAGAUAUAAACGCACAAAGAUGAAGGCAAGGAUAUCGAGGGAUUUUCACCGAAAAAAAUCAAAGCUGAAAACGCUUGAAAAGCGUUUUACAUUUUUAUCAUGACUGUCCAUGAAUGACAUGCAUAGAGAUCACGCAUAGAGACGGCAGAUAAAAACCAGACAUUAACAAUGAAUUCAGUUCAUAGAAGGGUUCACCUAGUUUCCCAGGCGAUGCGGUAUUAAUGCCCCAUAGAACUUAGCGCCGCAUGCGAAUUUUACGUAUAAAUAUACCACUAUGGUUCAGAGUGAACUUUUAUGAAGAUUAGAAUCAAAGCGAUGUGUGUUUAUUCGUUUAUUUUGCCAAUUCUUUUGACGUCUUAAAAUGGACUGCUAAAGAGCUAGACAUUCAAAGAUCAGUGAAAAUAGCAUUGCUGUAAAAGACUUUAAAAUAAUAAUACUAAUAUAUGCUGUUAAUAUUAGAUUAUUUAUCAAUCUUUUAGAAUGAUAAUAUUGUAUAUUAUAAUGAUAAUAUUGUAUAUUAUGUGUCGAGA